UUCUCAAUACUGCACAGCAACUUUCCAACUUUACAAAAUUAUUUUCCAGGUAACUGCCGCAGUUUAAAAUUUACUACUUUUCCUAAACCUGGCUUCCGGUUGGAGAAUCACACGGUUCGAACUAUCGACGUUGUCAACGAGGAUCUCUGCAUGUUCCAAUGCUACCUGGAACCUAAUUGCAUCAGUUAUAACUUCUGUGAGAUAAAACAGCUGUCUGGAAAACAUGAGUGUGAUCUGAAUAACGCGACUAUUGACCAUGAUGAAGACCUGGUGAAAAACGAAAGUUACAUUUACCGCGGAGCAGAGGUGAGGAUCAAUUCUAUGAGGGAAAAGUAAUACUCUUUGUCCGGGAAAGCUCUGAUACGAAAUCAAGGGAUAUCCCCACCUCUCCUACUAAUUUAAACAACCCUCUCGCAACGGGAAUAAAUGUAACGCGAACAUCCGCGUAUAUCACCAACAACCUUGCGUGGAAAGAGCGCAACAAAAGCACUCGCGAACAACAAAUUAAGAGUACACUCGAGGACCACGAGGGCGGACGGGUGGAAUCAAGAAACGUCCAAAACAUAGCCCAAAAAAUGGAACUGCAUGCAUGAGACAUACGCACACCAUUGCAAACGCGGAAGACAAACACACGGGAAGAAUUUGUUAGCCUGCCAAAACAUCAUUAUAAAUUUCUCUAUUCCUUUCCUUCCUAAGAAUGCUUGUAAGAAAAAUCCUUGCAAGAAUAACGCGACAUGCCAAGCUGGGUUUACAGACAGGGACUAUCAAUGUUUGUGUGUUGAUGGAUCUGGAUUUAAAGGCCACGAUUGUGAUGAGGGUAAGGAAUCUUAUACUUUCAUUAGUAUAGCUAAUCACAUGAUUUCGAAUGAAAUCUGGGAUAAAUCAGCACGAGUAUAUUUUUGAAAGGCCAACCAAAUUAACCAAUCCGUACGAUCGUAAUCUUCUGCGUCUGUUGCGCUGGUUUAACUCCUUGAUAAUUUUAUCCAGGGCGAUCACUGUAAACUUUCAUAGCUGUUUCUGGAAGCCAAACUUUUGACAAGUUGUUUGUCCUUUGUUGGAUGUUUAUAUUUUUGGCAUUCUCCCUGAAACUCUGAAUUAAAACAUUGUUACUUUCUUCGUACCUGUCAGCCAUUUUGUUUCGUUGUCCUUACGCAACUUACCUGUCAAUCAGUUUGAUUUUAACUUUCUGCACUGUUUGGGAUAAAUUGACGCGCUCUCAGCCAAUGAGCAUGCUGAAAUUCUUGCAUGUGUUUUAUUAAAGAAACAUGAUGUAUUGAUAAGUAACAAGUUUCGCACGCUCCUCCCCUAAACUUUAUUUCGUUAAGGUGAUUGGGCAGACUUAUUUGAAAGGGAUAAGCACCAUACAAUCGCUAGCAUCUCAAUAG